AGCCAGGCAUGAUCUAGAACAUUCCAGAAGAUCCCACAGAAGAUCUGCAGAAAGUGCUGAUUGUGUGUAACAGAUUGAAAGAUGGGGAAGAAACAGCACCAGAAAGAUAAGAUGUACAUCACUGCCACCGAGUGGCGUGAACAGUACGGAGGUAAACGUAAGAAGACAGAAAGCACGUACAAGCGUCUCCCGUUCUACUGCUGCGCGCUGUCCCUGCAGAACUUCACUCACCCGUACUGCACUAAAGAUGGUCACGUGUUCGACCUGUCUGCUAUUGUGCCCUUCAUAAGGAAGUACGGUAUAAACCCAAUAACUGGAGAGAAGAUGGACAGUAAGGGUCUCUUUAAACUGAACUUCCACAAGAAUGCUGAUGAUAAAUACCACUGUCCGGUUAUGUACAGAGUCUUCACUGACACUUCUGCUAUCGUUGCUAUCAAGACUACAGGUAACGUGUACUCAUUGGAGGCAGUUACUGAGCUUAACCUCAAAUCUAAGAACAUGAUGGACCUCAUCUCCAGUGAGCCUUUCAAUAAGUCAGAUAUCAUCACCAUACAGGACCCACAGAAGCUGGAAAAGCAAGACAUGUCCUCUUUCUAUCACAUAAAGGAGAAGAUAAAGAUGGUGGAUGAGGAGGAGGAAGAGGCUAAGAAGUCAGCCACCUACACUCUUAAUUCUACCAGUGCAGAAGCGAAAGCUACCCUCGCAGAGCUGGCUACGAGUUACGUAGCUCCAAGUAGUCUAAAAGCAACUGAUACUGGUAAAGAGGAGGGGGAGGAGCUUCCUAAAUACUUCCACAACACUACCACAGGUGAUGUUUCACGAGGUUUCACGUCCACAGCAGCUCCACGGGCUACCAAAAGCGAGAUGCAGGAGAGAAAUCUAGACGAGGUUAUCUACGAGAAAGUUAAAAAGAAGUCCUACGUCCGUUUAGUCACCUCGCUCGGAGACCUGAACCUGGAGCUCCACACGGACAUGGUACCCAAACCCUGCCACAACUUUAUGUUGCUCUGUAAGAAAGGGUAUUACAAUAAUACUGUGUUUCAUCGCAGUAUCCGGAACUUCAGUCAAGGAGGGGACCCAACUGGAACGGGCAAAGGAGGUGAGUCAGCGUUCGGUUCUACAUUCCCCGACCACUUUAAACCUAACCUCACCCACAGUGGUCGAGGUGUUCUCAGUAUGGCCAACAGAGGACCCAAUACCAACACAUCUCAAUUCUUCUUUACAUACCGGAGCUGUAAUCAUCUGGACAAUAAACAUACAGUGUUUGGGCGGCUUGUUGGAGGGCUGAAGGUACUGGAUGAAAUGGAAGCAAUAGCAACAGAUAACAAAGAUAAACCAACUACCGAGAUAAAACUUAUAUCUGCUCAUUUGUUUGUUGAUUCUAUUGAAGAUACCAAAGAAGAACUUAUCAAUGCUGAAAAGGAUAAGAAAAAAGCGGCUAAAGAGGCUGAGAAAUCGAAGGAACUGGAAGGUAUCACCUUAGAAACUCAAACAAAAGUUGUGUCAGAUGGAGUCGGAAAGUACAUCGGUAAAAAGAAACUAAAACAUCUGGACAAUUUGGAACCACAAGGGGCAAAAAGGACAAAAGUUCUGAAAUCAUCAGUGACUGGUUUCCGAGAUUUCAGCGCUUGGUGAAAAUUUCAGACUGUUUAACUUCAAGUCCAGUGUACAUAGAAUGGUAUGAGCCUCAUCGAUGUUGCCAACUCAUUUUGACAGGGAUACAUCACUCGACUAGCAGCAUACGCAACAUGAUCAUGUAAUGUCGUUCAAAAUCCAGAAGUGCUCACUUUCGCGCCCUUUGGGACAAUUUAAUACAUUAACUUUACGACUAGCAAAUCGUCAUGUUUUUGAUAAAAUGUCUGCGCGCGCGCACGACUUUUCUCAUGUGCGCGUUUGUAGAAUUUUACCGUAAACAGAAGAAUCUCGAUGUUUUACACACUUUAGUGUAUUUUCGUGUGCAAUGUAAAGUACAAGGUGUACUAUUUGAAAUUGUCUAAUGUUUAAAAUGAUUUAUAAGAUUAAUACAUUUUAGAUAGAAGUUGUUUUUGAUAGAGGACUGUGAGGAUAAAGCGCUGGUGAAUUGCUUUGCAAUCCCUGCGUUGCUAAGCGAUCAACGCAACCUGACAAUAUUAUAUUUAUAAUAAUAUGUAAUUAUCAUGUACACAAAGAUUGCAUAAUGUC